AUGGCUGGGGCACGGGCCGGGCCGUCCACUGGAUACGCUGUGGAGUUAGAUCACUUCGAGUUCGCCAUCAUUUGCGCCUUACCCCGAGAGUUCGAUGCGGUCGAAGCCUCCCUUGACGAAAUAUACGACGAUCAAACGCCAGUUAAGAAUGAAAACGAUUUGAAUUUUUAUAAAACAGGCCGUAUCGGCCCCUUCAAUAUUGUGCUGGCUUGCCUACCGGAAAUGGGGAAAGAGAGUGCCGCCAGCGCGGCAGCUAGUCUCCAAAUUAGUUUCCCCGGUAUCAGUUUGACACUGGUCGUCGGGAUAUGUGGGGGUGUUCCUUUUCCAGUGCCUGGUGCAGAGUCGAUCUUGGGGGAUGUGGUCAUCAGUCAUCAGGUUGUGAAGUUCGACUUUGGAAGGCAAUAUCCGGAUCGGUUUGAGCAGAGGGACGGCGUGCAGGAUACUCUUGAUCGAUCUAAUCGCUCAAUUCGAUCACUCAUAUCCGGUCUUCAGAUUAACUCAUCGCGAGCCGAAUUUCAGGAGAUGCAUGCUCGGUAUCUGCAGGGCAUGGGAGAAGAGGAUUCUAUUUGGCAAUACCCGGGUGUAGCCAAGGAUCGAUUAUUUCCAUCCUCAUUUGAUCUCAAAGAUGCUUCUGAGGCUACCGACUCGAUAGAAGACUUCGUUCAGCGUGAUCGCUUAACAGGUGGUGAUGAUCCCAUGUCUCGCUUGCAUUUUGGUCCAAUCGGCUCCACGGAUACAGUCAUGAAGUCUGCAAAGCAUCGCGAUGAUCUGGCUCAAGGCUCACGACUUGUUGGCUUUGAGAUGGAGGGAUCGGGUGUUUGCAAUAAUCUUUCAUGUGUCAUUAUCAAGGGAGUCUGUGACUACGCGGAUAGUCACAAGACUAAAGUCUGGCAGGAUUAUGCUGCUGCAUCAGCUGCAUGUGCGACCAAGUCUUUUCUGGAGAUUCUGGCGACAAAGAAAUGUGAGAAUCAGUGGAUAUUAUAUUACUGUCUAUGGUUUUUUAUUGCUGACUGA